AUGUCCGAUUGCAGACAAAAAAACUUACGAACUUUUAAACCUAAAUUUAUCUUUUUAAGUUUUUCUACUCAUUUGGCCUUCCCUCCUGACAAAAUUUUUAUAAGUACCAGAAAUAAUUAUUUAAAUAAUAAAAAUGAUGAACAAAAAAUAAACACAACAACAAAUAUUUUAAUUAAUUCAACAAUAAAUCCUCAAUUAUCCACAAUUAAAAUACCAAUAACUACCACUAUAAAUAAUGAAGCAAAGGAAGAGGUUUAUUCAAAAAUGGAAGUAAUUAAAGAGAAGGAGGAAGAGAUAAAUAAAAAUAAGGAGAGAGAAGAAGAAAAGAGAAGAAAAGAAAAUAAAUCAGAAGAAAAUAAAUCAGAAGAAAAUAAAAAAUCAGAAAUAAAAAAAUCAGAAUUUAAAGAAGAAACAGAAGCAACCCCAAUAACUACUACAAUUUCUGAAGCAAAAAAAGCAGAAGAAUUAAAAAUAAAAGAGAAUAAAUCAGAAUUAAAAUCAGAAUUACCCCAGCCAAAAAAAGAAAAUAAUUUAACGACAACCCCAAUAACUGUUUUAAUUAAAGAAUCGAAUAAAGAAACGUUAAUUAAUGAAACUACUUUGCCUCCACCUCCUUCUAGUACUUCUAUUGCUUCUUCUACUUCCCCAAAAUUGCAAGUUUUGGAAAAAUCUGAAGGAAAUGGAGAAGGGGGAGGGGGAUUGCCUCCUUCUGGUGAUGUUCACCCACCCUCAACAUCCUUUGGUGGUAAUAAACCGCCAGGUACUCAGGUUGGAAAUAUAGAGGAGAGAAGAGUAUCUCAAAGAGAAAAAGUUAUUUUUGAAGUAUUUCAUAAUGGACAACCUGCUGAUGCUGUUGUUGUUGGUAGUAGAAUAACUUUGGCUUUUACACCUUAUUUUGCUAUUCCACCUUCCCAUAUGUCUAUUUCUGGUUGUCAAGUUGAGCCAAUCGGAUCACUUUAUGAUUGGGAAAAGGAGCCUUUGGCUAUUGUUAAAGAUGGUUGUCAGGCUGAUCAUGUUGGGCUUGUUUGUCCUCCACAAAAGACAGACUAUGGUAUUCGGGUUACUGUAGAGGCCUUUCGUUAUCAGACGACAACUCAAGUUCAAUAUACUUGUUUAAUUAGAGUUUGCCCUUUUGCACCAUGUCCACAAACAACCUGUCCAUCAGUAGAAGGUUGUCCAGGGGAUGAUAUCGUUUCUAGAACACUCGGAUCCUUUGGAGGCCGUAAACGUUCUAAACGUUUUAACGAAAAUGGGAAGAAAGGGAAAAAUAUUUCUCGUCGAGAUACAGUCCAUUGGUUGGCUGGAAGUCAACGCCAAAGAGACCAACCAUUUAAAAUGUCUAGUGCUCUUCAACAACAACUAAUUUUACUUGGUGGAGAUUCUUUGGUUAGGAGAAGGUUAAUUGUUGUCAAUUCAGAUGAUGAAUUGAGGUAUUAUACACGGACUGGGGAAAUAUUAAUUCGGUCUGGGUUUUAUAACUAA